GCAACGCACAGUUUUGGGCCUCCGAUGCGCCCAUGUGGCACAUGCGGCACAUGUGGGCUUGGGUCCUUGCCUUUUGUCUGGCUUGGUGCGCGACGGCCUUCGACAUCGAAGCGCACGAUGCCAUCGGCCAAACAGCUGCCAGUGCAAUGGACCAGGAGGCCACCAGGCAGAUCAAGAGAAUGAUGGGUGGCCAGGAUGCGUCUGAUGUUGCCGGUUGGGGACAUCAGGUGGAUGACACCUACCCAGACAUGGCACGCUUGCACUUUCAGGUGCAUGACGAUGCUCCUGGCUUCUGUGGAGAGACUCGCACUGCGAAGUGUGAGGACAACAUUUGUCUGCUCCAAUCCAUCAAGCACUUCUACGGCAAGGUCUUGUCAGAUGAAGGAAGAAGGAUAGACUUCCCAGAGAUUGACUACAGCAAAGUCGCCAAGGGAAUCAAAUUCUCCGACGCGGACUUUUUGAAGAUGCUCAUCAAUCUCGUGGGUGACCUGCAUCAGCCGCUGCAUGUGGGCUAUGCCAAUGACAACAGCGGCCGCAAGAUUUUGGUGAAAUUCCGAGGUGAGACCAUGUCGCUCUACGACGUGUGGGAUCAUGCCAUCUCGGAGGUGGUUCGCACGCAAGAGAGCAAUUUUUGGCUCGGCGGCUGGACGCACGUUAGAGCUGUGAGCAGCGAAUGGGAAAAGGACAAGGCAAAGUGGAAAGAGGAUGGGCCUUUCAAAAGCUUCGACCGUUGGCUCAAUGAAGCUGUGGAGUUCACCUGCAGCAAGGCCUACGUGCAUCCCAUUACUGGAAAGAAACUGGCUGGGCCCAACGCAGAGAAUGGUCCACCCGUGGAGAUUGGGGAAGAUGCCUACCAGGAAUGGCGGCAACUGUGGCUGCGUCAAAUCCUGAUUGCAGGUGAGCGAACGGCGAUUGUGCUCAACGACAUCUUGGACAACAAGGGAGCAACUCGCCUGGCCACCGGAAGCAAGGUUCAAACAAAAGCAGAUGAAGAGAGGAAGAAGGAGGAGGCUGAGUGGGAGAAGGAGAGGAUUCAGAGACAGAAGGAGCGUCGAUCAAGGACUUCAUCCUCCUUUAUCAAUCCUUCCGCCUUCAUCACGAACCUGAUCAUUGCGGUGUUUACUGUGCCGAUCUUCCUGCUGGUGGCCAACCAUGGCUUGAAUCCGCAGACCUAUGCGGGGCUCAUCAGAAGUAUCCUGGAAAGUGAAGGGCCUGCACCGAAGAGCGGUGGAAAGCGUUUUGAGUGAUGGAAAUUGAUGGCUUUCAAGGGUUUCACCUUGUAUAAUCUUGUAUAUAGGACCUACAAUUUUUGCAAAUUGCUUUCAGAUGUAAAUCAUUGCCGGCUGGUUUGAGGGCUUUAAAGCAGUACUCGUCUUGACUGCAAAAGAAUCAAGUGUCAUCAAA